AUGACACUCCGAAAAGGAGAGAAAAUGACCAUAAGUAUCCAGGAGCACAUGGCUAUUGAUGUCUGCCCCGGCCCCAUCAAACCCAUCAAGCAGAUCUCCGACUACUUCCCCCGCUUCCCCCGCGGGCUCCCCGCCGCCGUCGGCCGCAGCAGCACCCUGCGCUCCGCUGUCAGCCAGCCCUCCGUCAGCCCUGCCGAAGCCCCCCGUGAAGAGGAUGAGGACGUGGACCAGCUUUUCGGGGCAUAUGGCACAACACCCACUGAGCAGCCAGCCAAGUACCAAGCACCUGAGGAGGUGGUGGAUCCUGAGGGCUACGAGUCUGACGACUGCACCACGCUGGGGACGCUGGAUUUCAGCUUGCUCUACGAUCAAGAAAACAACGCUCUCCACUGCACGAUCAAUAAGGCCAAGGGCCUGAAGCCCAUGGACCAUAAUGGUUUGGCAGAUCCAUACGUCAAAUUGCACUUGCUUCCUGGAGCCAGUAAGGCAAAUAAGCUGAGAACCAAAACGCUGCGCAACACGCUGAACCCCACCUGGAACGAGACGCUCACCUACUACGGCAUCACCGAUGAGGACAUGAUCCGCAAGACCCUACGGAUCUCAGUCUGUGACGAGGACAAGUUCCGCCACAACGAGUUCAUUGGGGAGACACGGAUCCCACUGAAGAAACUGAAGCCGAACCAGACCAAAAACUUCAACAUCUGCCUGGAGAAGCAGCUGCCGAUAGAUAAAACAGAGGACAAGUCGCUGGAGGAGCGUGGCCGGAUCCUCAUCUCCCUCAAGUACAGCUCGCAGAAGCAGGGCCUGCUGGUGGGCAUCAUCCGCUGCGCCCACCUGGCCGCCAUGGAUGCCAACGGCUACUCCGACCCCUACGUCAAAACUUACUUGAAACCAGAUGAGGACAAGAAAUCAAAGCAUAAGACGGCGGUGAAGAAGAAGACGCUGAACCCCGAGUUCAAUGAGGAGUUUUGCUAUGAGAUCAAGCACGGGGACCUGGCGAAAAAGACCUUGGAAGUCACAGUGUGGGACUACGAUAUUGGGAAAUCAAACGAUUUCAUAGGUGGAGUCGUGUUAGGAAUCAACGCCAAAGGCGAGCGGCUGAAGCACUGGUUUGACUGCCUGAAAAACAAGGACAAGAAAAUUGAGCGCUGGCACACACUAACGAACGAGCUGCCGGGAGCCGUCCUCAGCGACUGA